GUGACCUAUGCUACAAAAACCACGUCGAGGUCAGGUUCCAGGUUCGUAGUGACCGUAUUAAACUGUACGUGUCGACAGGGCACAUAAUUAAACAAGCUCGCACAACCCAUUCCAAAGUAUGGAAUUUUCACCUCGUGUCGAAGCGUACUCUGAAGAUGCUGCCCACUUGGGGGAAAUGUUGGGCUUAUUCCGAACAGAAUGCGUGGACUAUUUGGAAGGGCGGCACAGAGUUCGAGAAGGCGGCUACGAUAACGCCAAAGGUUGGGUGCGCACGCUAGAUGACGGCAGGUACUGCCUGACGCAGUUCCCCCACGGCCAUGCUGAGACCCUUCGUAGUCUCAUGUCGCAGCAGCCAGCAGACGUGGCGCAGGCCCCCAGGGUCGGGGAUCGACCUUUGCGGCCCGCCAAGGCACUCAACUUUGUCGGGUUUCUCGGAAGGCGAUCCGACCAGGCUGCGCAGCUGAUGGCGCAAGCAGACAAGCUGGUGGACGACCUGAUGGUGCUCAUGUGCGACCAGCCGGACGUGCUGCUGUAUGGGACGGCGGGGUGGUCGCCUGAGGACAGCAACCACUACAACCUGGUGGUGCUUCGCAACGAGGAGGCGGGGCAGAAAUGGAAGGAAGGGGAGUUGCAUAUGCGAGAAGCUAUCAAUAACCUGAGUCCCAAGUAUUACACCACAGUUCGAAUCCACACCGGAGUUCUGCCGGACGGACUUGACUCCAAGGAGUUCCUGCUCAAGCGGUCGGUGUUCCUGGAUUACCGCGCACACCAGAAGGACCCCAACGCGCCUAUCCAGCGGGAGGUGAAGCUGUGGGAAAAUUUACCGGCGAGUAGCGUGGAGGGAGAUGAUAGAAAUCAGUAAGUCCCGUGGCGAACCAAGUAACAAACAGCACGAUCCUGGGGCACAGUGAUCUAGGCCUAAGUCUCGACUUUGUCACAAACACUUGAACAUGCACGAUAUAUGCGUAUACAUGUACGUUUACAGUGAUACACAGGUACUGCAAAACAGUCGACUUUACAUUCAUGGAUAUCAUGAUAGGAGCCAACUAAGAUAACCUCCCCAAAAAUGUGGUCGGGGAUAUGAGAGGCCCUUCCAUCGCAGCUAGUGAAUGUGUACAAGUUUGCAUAUGUGAUUAGCAAGGCUAGACCAUGCAAGUGUGCCGAUUUCGGUACCCUUUACACCGGUCUAGUUUGUUCACUCAUCUGUGUCAAUAACAUCACAAGCUGUAUACCAUUGCAAAGAGGGCAU